GGCAUCCCAUUACUCAACUGUUAAUGGUCAGACAACAAGAAAAUGGGAAAAUCUGCAGCGACUUUAUUAAUUAUUGGUUUGUUCCAGGUUGGAACCUUUAUAUACUAUUAAACAAAGUCUCGGAGAUUGAAGGGAUCACUAUAUAAGCUGUGAACGUCUCCUCAGUUCUCAUUCACAAAUAGUCUUUGGAUUUGUAAGCCAUAGAAGUCACAAAUUGUUGGGGUCUCAGUCUUUGCAGUUUUGCUCAAAAUGGCCAGUCUAUGGCCAAGCCUGCUGUAUGCAUUGGCUAUAUGCUUUAUGGCUACCAGUGUAGCUGCUGGUGGUGAUGAUAAACCUUAUGUUUAUGCAUCUCCACCUCCACCACCCUCUUAUCACUACAAGUCUCCACCACCUUACCAGUCCAAGUCACCUCCGUACUACUACAAGUCCCCUCCUCCACCUUCACCAUCACCUCCUCCUCCACAAUAUGUGUAUAAGUCGCCUCCCCCACCGUAUGCUUACAAGUCACCGCCACCACCAUCUCCAUCACCUCCUCCUCCUUAUGUAUACAAGUCACCACCACCACCUUCUCCAUCCCCACCUCCUCCUCAUGUCUACAAGUCACCGCCACCACCAUCACCAUCACCUCCUCCACCAUACAUGUACAAGUCACCACCACCACCAUCUCCUUCACCUCCUCCACCUUAUGUCUACAAGUCACCACCACCACCUUCUCCAUCUCCACCUCCUCCUUAUAUUUAUAAAUCACCACCACCACCAUCACCUUCACCUCCUCCACCAUACAUUUACAAGUCACCACCACCACCACCACCAUCUCCUUCACCUCCUCCUCCUUAUGUCUACAAGUCACCACCACCACCACCGCCAUCACCAUCACCUCCUCCACCCUAUGUGUACAAGUCCCCACCACCACCAUCACCGUCACCUCCUCCACCAUACAUUUACAAGUCACCACCACCACCAUCUCCUUCACCUCCUCCUCCUUAUGUGUAUAAGUCACCUCCACCACCAUCCCCAUCACCUCCUCCACCCUAUGUGUACAAGUCCCCACCACCACCAUCACCUUCACCUCCUCCACCAUACAUUUACAAGUCACCACCUCCACCCUAUGUCUACAAGUCCCCGCCACCACCAUCACCUUCACCUCCUCCACCAUACAUUUACAAGUCACCACCACCACCAUCUCCUUCACCUCCUCCUCCUUAUGUGUAUAAGUCACCUCCACCACCAUCACCAUCUCCUCCACCACCAUACAUUUACAAGUCACCACCUCCACCAUCCCCAUCACCUCCUCCACCCUAUGUGUACAAGUCCCCACCACCACCAUCACCUUCACCUCCUCCACCAUACGUUUACAAGUCACCACCACCACCAUCACCUUCACCUCCUCCACCAUACAUUUACAAGUCACCACCUCCACCCUAUGUCUACAAGUCCCCGCCACCACCAUCACCUUCACCUCCUCCACCGUACAUUUACAAGUCACCACCUCCUCCAUCCCCAUCACCUCCUCCACCCUACGUGUACAAGUCCCCACCACCACCAUCACCUUCACCUCCUCCACCAUACAUUUACAAGUCACCACCACCACCAUCUCCUUCACCUCCUCCUCCUUAUGUCUACAAGUCACCACCACCGCCAUCACCAUCUCCUCCACCACCAUACAUCUACAAGUCACCACCUCCUCCAUCCCCAUCACCUCCUCCACCCUAUGUGUACAAGUCCCCACCACCACCAUCACCUUCACCUCCUCCACCAUACAUUUACAAGUCACCUCCACCACCAUCUCCUUCACCUCCUCCUCCUUAUGUCUACAAGUCACCACCACCACCAUCACCAUCUCCUCCACCACCAUACAUUUACAAGUCACCACCUCCUCCGUCUCCAUCACCUCCCCCUCCCUAUGUGUACAAGUCACCACCACCACCACCACCUUCUCCAUCUCCACCUCCUCCUUACAUUUAUAAAUCACCACCACCACCAUCACCGUCGCCUCCUCCUCCUUACAUUUACAAGUCUCCUCCUCCUCCAUCUCCAUCACCACCCCCACCAUAUGUUUACAAGUCACCACCACCACCAUCACCAUCUCCUCCACCACCAUACAUUUACAAGUCACCACCUCCUCCAUCUCCAUCACCUCCCCCUCCCUAUGUGUACAAAUCACCGCCACCACCUUCUCCAUCUCCACCUCCUCCCUACAUUUAUAAAUCACCACCACCACCAUCACUGUCACCUCCUCCUCCUUACAUUUACAAGUCUCCUCCUCCUCCAUCUCCAUCACCACCCCCACCAUAUGUUUACAAGUCACCACCACCACCACCACCGUCUCCGUCACCUCCCCCUCCUUAUGUCUAUAAGUCCCCACCUCCUCCAUCCCCAUCGCCUCCUCCUCCUUAUGUUUACAAAUCACCACCACCACCAUCACCUUCGCCUCCUCCAGUUUACUACUAUAAGUCGCCACCUCCACCAUCACCCCCACCGCCCAACCCUUAUUAUUACAAAUCUCCUCCACCACCAACUCAUUACUAACCUAAUUCAGUUUUUGUUCCAUUUGUGUAAGUGUCCUUCAACUACAUGGUUAUAAAUUCGAAAAACAAAUAAUGGCUGCAAGAGAGAGUUCUAUCCUAAUGAUGACUUGCUUACAUCUGGUCAAUCUAAAAUGGAACCAGAACAGUGCUUGAUAACAAGAGAGUGCUUUGCAGCUUUACACUAAAUAUAUGGUUUUUUGUUAAACAUGAUUUCUAUACGUUAGUCAUUUUUGGUUACAUGCCCUGAAUUUUGAUGUGAUCAACUGGACAACAUUGUUCAUUUCCUAUUUUCCUAUAUGUUUUAUCAAAAUGUUGAAAUUAAUAAAUUAAUUACAUGUUGGAGCUAUACUAUUACACAA